CUAUCAAUCGAGACUACAAAAGUCGGGAUAACUCUAAGGUAAUGAAAGAAUAUUUUGUCCAAUGAAAAGCGUUUAAAACGUUAGCCCGAAACGAAAAGAUGUCAACCUCCAUGUAGAAAACAGUUAUGUAUAAUUAAGAUUGAUAUGAUUCCUAAGUGUUGAAAGCAGUGAGAACUGAGAACAUCCAUCAAAUCAAGAUGAGUGUAUCCAACUCAUCAAAUCUAACUGGUGGUCAAAUCAACAAUACCACAGUAAAACCUGGUUACGUUUGGCAGGAUGUAACAGAAGAUUUUAUGAAGGCGUCCUCAGAUUUGGACCUUGGUGAAUUACUGCAUGAUUCUUCGUUUGGUUUAUUUGAAGCCAUGUCAGCCAUUGAAAUGAUGGAUCCAAAAAUGGAUGCUGGCAUGAUGUGUAAUCAAAUUAAACGUAAAGUUUUAACAUUUGAACAAGCUGUUGAGGCAGGUCAGUUAAAAGUGAAUAACUUCACAGCAGCAGAACUUAUUGGUGUUAUGGAUGCUACUAUGGCUUGUUUGGUGACAUGGCUAGAGGGACAUUCUUUAGCUCAAACUGUUUUUACCAAUCUGUUUCUCCAUAAUCCGUAUAUUAUAGAAGAUAGAACAUUAAAAGCUUUUAGUAUUUGUAUGUUGAAGAUAGUCGAUGUUAUAAGAGAAAGAGUCAAUAGAGCCAGUGUAUUUGAAGAGGAAGAUUUUCAACCGAUGUCUUACGGUUUUAAAAUGGCGUAUGAUCUGACAGAUGUAAGAACAACUGGUAUGAUGAAAGAAGUAGAAGAAGAAUUAAACAAAACUUUAAGAUCAACAAGAAGUAAACCUGGUGAAGAAAGAGACAGUGCUGUAGAACAAGAGCAUAAUUUAGCACAGGCUGUUUACAGUAGAGUAAAGUUUUAUAGGUUGUUUUAUUCACUACUAGUCAUAUAUACUAAAGAAAAGUUAUUUCAGAGUGAUUGUAUUCCACAAGCCCAGAAGAUCUUGUCUCAACUAGAAGAACUUAUAACCAGUAUUAAAGCUACAAUACCUUAUGGUAUUCAACCAGCUGAAAGAGAGGCUACUAAAAAUGAUUAUCCAACCAUUGUAGGUUUUGAACCAUUAAUAAACCAACGUCUGCUCCCACCAACCUUCCCAAGAUACACUGUAAUAAAAGACAGAUCAGAAGCCAUUUUAUAUGUCGAAGAAUUGGUUCAUCAUUUAAAUAUAGUAACAACACUUCCUGAUAUCACCUCGUUACACGCCAUACUGGAUUUGUUUAUGGAGUUCAGUAAAUCAUCACCAUGUGUUUUAGCUAGAUCAAUACUUCAGUUAGCUGUUUUACCUACCAAUAGAAGAGUAUUUGAUCUAUUGAUGUAUAUUAUGUAUAUAAUGUUUUAUAGUUAG